AGUGUCUGGAUUCAAUGCAAUUUUUUCAACGUCGAGGUCGAGCUUUGAGAGCGCGCCAAAAAAUAGAAACACAAACCGCAGACACCCUUUGCUAGAAUUUAAACUCGAUACAUUUUACAAAUAGUAAACAGCCAGCGGCUGCUGCUGGCGUCUGUCUGGAAAACAAAACAGUUAACGCAAUUCGCAUUGAAGCAGCGUCUGAGGUGAAAUUCGAUGAUUGGCCGGUGGCGGUUGUCGCCAACGCUCAACCACAAAGCGACAACAACAAUGAAAACCGGCUACAGGUUGGAUUUCGAUUAACAAUCCGAAUCUGAGUCCAGCUGCGGUUGCUUUAUUGUAAAUGAAGCAUGCGGCUGAUAAACAUUAACAUUGGCGCUGCCAACGCCGCCGCCGCUGUCGACGCCUUCGUCAUCGUCUUGACAGUAGCUUCGCUCUUGCCCAUUAUAAGUGCCAACGAUUCGUCAAACAGAGAAUUUAGUGAUCCGUCGGCAAUCAAACCAGUUGAAAGCACUAUUUCGAGUGCUGCUAAUUUGCAUAUUAAACGAAGAAAAAUAAUGGACGCUACAUACGAGCAAGUCAAAGAUGUGCCCAACCAUCCAGAGAUCUACCUGAUCGAUGUUCGCAAUCCAGAGGAGCUGACGGCAACGGGCAGCAUCCCCUCCAGCCUCAAUGUGCCCUUGCCCGAACUGGAGGCCGCAUUAAAUUCCGACUCAGAGGAGUUCGAAAAGAAAUAUGGACGCGCAAAGCCGGCAAAUGAUGCAAAUAUCAUAUUCACCUGUCGCUCGGGCAGACGUGCUCAGGAGGCCGCAGAGAUCGCCAAGACUGUGGGCUUUACCAACUUGAGCGUCUAUCGUGGCUCCUGGCUGGAGUGGGCCGAGAAGGAAGGUCUUCCACAGUAAGAUCUAAAAAGCAAAACAUUCCACUCUACACUUACUCUUUGGCUUCUAAUAUAAUUUAAUUCAAAUUUACUAAUAUAUUAUAUACAUUUAUUUAAACAAUAUACAUAUACGGUUGCGGAAUAAAUUUGAAUUUAAAUGCAAUUAUUGCUUAUGCAUAUGUAUGUAUAUAUUUCUCUAAAUAAACAAGUUUAACACGCA